AUGAAUAAUAAUAAUCAGGCCAAGAAUGUGGGGGUGCCACCCCAUUUUGGCAAUUCUGGGGCAGUGCCACAACCUAUGGCCAUGAACCACCAGCCUCAUCUUCUAUCUCAAUCACAGCCUCAGACUCAAGGUGGGUCUCAUUUUCCGGGUCACUUUCAGUUGUCGGAGCCCCAAGCUCAGGCACUUGCACAGGCACAGUACGUGAAUGCUCAUGCACAGGCCCAAACUCAAGCUGCUCAUGCCCAAUUUGUUCAGUUGCAAGCUCAAGCUCAGUCCCUUGCCCAGUUGCAUAGUUCCAAUACUAGUAAUGCUGGUGCUGCUUCACCCUCCAUAGCAACGCCUAGCACGGGCUCUGCCAAGCGGGCUAACCAGAAGCCACCUUCUCGGCCUCCAGGUUCAUCUAAUGCCAACACGGCUUCACCAUUUAAAACCAUGGAGCUCACCCCAGCUGCUCGUAGAAAGAAGCGGAAACUACCUGAUAAACAAAUACCAGACAAAGUGGCUGCACUUCUGCCAGAGUCUGGUCUCUAUACUCAAUUGCUUGAAUUUGAGGCUCGCGUUGAUGCUGCUUUGGCAAGGAAGAAGAUCGACAUCCAGGAGUCCCUUAAAUGUCCUCCCCGUGUUCAGAGAACAGUUCGAAUUUAUGUCUUCAACACCUUUGCAAAUCAGACGCAAACAACUCCUGAGAAGACAAAUGCAGAACCCCCUUCUUGGUCACUGAAGAUAAUUGGGAGGUUAUUGGAAGAGGGGAAUGAUCCUGUGGUGGCUGGAAUGACACAGAAAUCAAGGGCAAAAUUUUCAUCUCUGUUCAAGAAGAUUACCAUAUACUUGGACAAAAGCCUCUAUCCGGAUAACCAUGUGAUUUUAUGGGAAAGUGCUCGUUCACCCGCUCUUCAUGAUGGCUUUGAAGUCAAAAGAAAAGGGGACAAGGAGUUUAAUGCAAUAAUAAGACUGGAGAUGAAUUAUGCACCUGAGAAAUUUAAACUUUCCCCGGCUCUGAACGAAGUUCUGGGAAUUGAGGUAGAGACACGGCCCCGAGUUAUAGCUGCUAUUUGGCACUAUGUGAAGGCCAGGAAAUUGCAGAACCCAAAUGACCCCACUUUAUUUGUGUGUGAUCCACCUCUUCAGAAGGUUUUUGGGGAAGAGAAGAUGAAGUUUUCUAUGGUUUCACAAAAGAUAUCUCAGCAUUUAACUCCACCACAGCCUAUAAAUAUAGAGCAUAAGAUAAAACUUUCAGGAAAUUGUCCAGCUGGAACUACUUGCCAUGAUAUAUUGGUUGAUGUACCUAUGCCAUUAGAGAAGGAGAUGUCUGCAUUCUUGGCAAGCACCGAGAGGAACAAAGAGAUUGAUGCUUGUGAUGAAUUGAUUUGUGCAUCUAUCAAAAAAAUCCAUGAACAUCGUCGGCGGCGGUCUUUCUUUCUUGGGUUCAGUCAAUCUCCGGCAGAGUUCAUUAAUACUUUGAUUGCUUCUCAGAGCAAGGAUCUGAAGCUUGUUGCUGGAGAUGCUAGUCGUAAUGCAGAAAAGGAGCGGCGCUCUGAUUUCUACAAUCAACCCUGGGUUGAGGAUGCUGUUAUUCGUUACUUGAACCGUAAGUCGGCGGGAAGUGAUGCUCCCGGAAGCACUUGA